AUGGCCGGUCCUAGCAAGUCCCUGAUCCUUGAUCCGGCCCUCCAGAAAUACUACGAGGUCAACGCAAACCGCUACAAGUACUUCCGCUGGACUCCGCGCCAUGCCUGGUUCUCUUUCCUCUACAUGGCUGUAAUCCCUGCAUCUCUGGGGUACAUUGCCUACAAGACUGAUGGCAAGUACCAUUUCCGUGGGAAGAGGAGGGAAGAUACGAUCUCGGAGUGGUGA